AAUUUGCAAUCCCUGGAAAACAUGGCAGUUGAGUACGUCGCCGCCGCGACGCCCGUGAACAUCAAGGACGUGGAUGCAUUGGACAAGUUUGAAACCGAGUCGGAGGAGAUCCCGCAAGCCGUGCUGGAUGAACUGAAAGCCAAGUACAAUUGGAUCUACUACGCGUUCUUCUUCCUCGAUGGCGCCGUCAUGUGGGCCUACUUUUCGUGCUUGUCAGCCCAAGACUUCUACGCGACCAAGUACCCGUCCGUCAAGUUUUCGUUCUUGACCACCAUGUUCUUGACGUGGCCGUUGAGUUUGGGCUAUGUCAUCCAAAUGUGGGGCGGGCUGGACCACGCAUUGGGCCACCGCCUGCGCAUGAUCAUUGGUUUCUCCCUCAUCGCGGCCACGGGGGUCGUAAUCAUCAUCCACGACUGGUUUGACUUGUCUGAAACCACAGGGGCGUACCUGUGCCUGAGCAUGUUUGCAGUGUCGGGGGCGGCGCAUUCCGUGAGUGAGCCCGUGUUGUACAUCAUUGCUGGUUUGUUCCCUGACGAGAAGUUCACCAACGCCGUGCAAAUCGGAGACUCGAUGGCCGGUUGCGUCAACGUGGUGGCAGCGACGAUCAUCCGUCUCAUCGUGGGUGGAUACAAGAGCGAAAGUGGCUCCACGGCUGUCAACGUGAGCUUUUACUUGUUUAUGGGGCUCUUGGUCCUAGUGUCAUUUUUGGCCAUCUACAUCCACGAAAAGCUGUCCAACAUCCCUGCCGUCAAGUACUUGCUCGACCGCGCGGACCGCGACCACAAGAAGAAGGCGUUGGUGUCACUGCGAGAACUUUGGUCCAACUACUUUCGAGUGGCCAAGUUGAUUGCCGUGCCCUUGGUGGCCCAGUACAUGAUGUUUUUCUGCACGUUGACCUUGUUCCCUGGCAUCGGGUGCACGUCUAGUAUGCAUGUGAUCGACCCCAAGAGCAACGCCAUCGCAUGGUACUGCUCCCCCGGCAUCAUCGCCUCGUUUAGCUUUGGCGACUUGGCCGGCCGGUACUUGUGCAACAUCAAGGUGGUCUGGAGCUUCUUCUCGGCCAAGUCCAUUUUCGUCAUUUCGUUUGCUCGGUGGGUGUGGCUGCCGUUGUUGUUGAUGGGGCUGUACGCGUCGCCGUUGUAUGCGUUCAUCCACGCCCAAACGUUUGGCUUGUUUUGGCAAAUCAUCAUGUACUUCUUGUUCGGUAUCACUGGCGGCAUGUUCGCCACCGUCACGAUUGGCAUGGCGCCUCUGAUGGUGUCGCAAGCCGACCGACAAGCGGCGUCGGCGUUGAUGGUCAUGGCGUUGUACUUGGGCUUGAGCACCGGCUCCACCUUUGGCUAUGCUAUUGGCAACAACCACUACUUCAACGUGGGCUUGUAAUGUGUAGUUUGCACUUGUAGUAUAGGAAGUCUGCGGUGAGGCGUGUGGUGGCGAGCCGCGGCAGUGUGCGACCAAAAUUGUAUACUGGUAAAGGAGGAUGAAUUACUACUAGGACUAAGGUAGUGCAUCGAUUUUCUGGACGGUUUCUGAUCACAGUAUUGGUCAUUCUUGA